CGCUGGAUCGCCCGAACGUAAAAGUGACACAGGGUAUUUACAUGGUCAGCUAAAGAAAAUCGCGGCGAAAAAAAGACAAAAAUAUAGUUUUGCAUAUUAUAAAGAACUCAUCAUGGAGUCCUAUGACAUCAUAGCUAACCAGCCUGUGGUGAUUGAUAAUGGUUCAGGUGUUAUCAAAGCAGGAUUUGCUGGAGACCAGAUCCCCAAAUACUGCUUCCCAAACUAUGUGGGACGUCCCAAACACGUGAGGGUGAUGGCUGGGGCACUUGAAGGAGAUCUCUUCAUUGGUCCCAAAGCUGAGGAGCAUAGGGGUUUGUUGUCAGUACGCUACCCCAUGGAGCAUGGUAUUGUCAAGGACUGGAACGACAUGGAACGCAUCUGGCAGUACGUCUACUCCAAGGAGCAGCUGCAGACCUUCUCCGAGGAGCACCCUGUUUUGCUGACAGAGGCACCCCUGAACCCUAGCAAGAAUCGGGAGCGGGCGGCAGAGGUGUUCUUCGAGACCUUCAACGUUCCAGCCCUCUUCAUCUCCAUGCAGGCCGUCCUCAGCCUGUACGCCACGGGACGGACGACAGGAGUGGUGUUAGAUGCGGGCGAUGGGGUGACCCACGCCGUGCCCAUCUACGAGGGCUUCGCUAUCCCCCACUCCAUCAUGCGGGUGGACAUCGCGGGGCGCGACGUCUCCCGCUACCUCCGGCUGCUUCUGCGCAAGGAGGGCUACGACUUCCACACCUCAGCAGAAUUCGAGGUGGUUCGCACCAUCAAAGAGAGGGCAUGUUACCUGUCCCUAAAUCCCCAGAAGGAUGAGACCCUGGAGACAGAGAAGGCACAAUACACCCUCCCUGAUGGCAGCACGUUGGAUAUCGGGCCCGCAAGGUUCCGGGCCCCGGAGCUGCUGUUCAGGCCGGACCUGAUCGGGGAUGAGAGCGAGGGCAUCCAUGAGGUGUUGGCCUUCGCCAUCCAGAAGUCGGACAUGGACCUGAGACGCACCCUGUUCUCCAACAUCGUCCUGUCCGGAGGCUCCACACUCCUCAAAGGUUUUGGUGAUCGGUUGUUAAGUGAAGUGAAGAAGCUGGCACCCAAAGAUGUUAAAAUCAAGAUCUCUGCACCACAGGAGAGAUUAUACUCCACGUGGAUUGGGGGCUCCAUCCUGGCUUCACUGGAUACCUUCAAGAAGAUGUGGGUCUCCAAGAAGGAGUAUGAAGAGGACAGAGCCCGUGCCAUCCACAGAAAGACCUUCUAAUGAGGGAGGCAACACAACACUCCUGCCCUGCCCUGACUUUCUGGUCCUAGUCCUCCAGCUCCCCCAUACUUCUCUCUCUCUAUCCCUCUGUACAAGGAGAGGCCAGACCCCCCUUCGCAGCCCGGCAUGCCUUCUGUUACCCCACCUAUCCCCCACCAAACCCCCGCAUGUCGGGGACACCAGCCAGGAUUGGCGAAGGGUUAGAGCAGGCAUUCUCAUGCAGACCCACAACCCGCCCUGAAUAGAAACAAGGCUUUCAGUUGCAUCUCUCAAUAUUAUGGACUUUUUUUUUAUUAUUUUACAUUUGGGGCAAGGCUAUACUCCUAGAUGCAAGUAUUUAUUAUUACACCAUUUGAAAAACCUUGUAUGAUAUUAUCAUAUCAUCCAGUCUAAUGACAAUGAAGAAGUUGAAUGUUUUAUUGUACUUUGCUGUCUAAGGUCCAUUCCAAAAUGAUCAGAUUCUUCUUUUUAACAUUUCAGUCCUUCCAGUAUUGAGGCGUACUCAAAGGGUGCAUCGAUAUAUAUAAUUGUAUUUCAUCCAUAAUUUAGUCUUUCAUCUGUAAUUUCAUUUGUUUACCAGUGGCAGACAGCGUAACGGUUUAUGAUGAAGUCAACAGUAGGAAAAUGGCUGUUAACCAUAGCUUACACUCAUAUACCUCUUAGACACUAUUUUUUAUGUUUUAUGUCUGUCCCCAUCUGUCUUAAGGGGAUUCAUCUAAAGCUGCGCUUGAUUGUAGUUUUGUUGCAGUUUGUUGCGACCAGUUUUUGGCAUCCAUGAUUAGGUAUAUUGAGAAGAACUGAGGAACAGCAUACUGUAUAUAUUGUGCCUCUAUCUGCUGACAUAGUUCAGAAAAAGUAGCUUCUUGUGGUGGGCCAUAGUGUAACUAGUUUCUGCUGUCAUUUGAUUCGUAUUACCUGUCCACCACAAAUAGCAUGGAUAGUAACACUAAAUCUUGGAGUGGGCCAUCAGAUUAGACACUUGGUAACAGUUGUCAGGGAGAUUGGUGAUACUCUUGCUGUUAACACAGUGCAGGUAUUUAUUGAGGUGAACAAAUGUUGGGAAGUCUCCAGUUUACACAGGUUUUGUGAUCUUGGCUGAGGAGAUGCAGGAAGGAUGACAGGUUACACCGUAAAGACAGACUAGAAACACAAAUGCCCAUUUAGAUUUGGGAGAGAGUCUGGGCCAGCAUUUAGUUAACUGAGAAAUUCCUUCACAUUCUGUUGGAAUUCCCCUAGCAUCAUAAAAGUUUAGCCAUAGAAAUACUGAUAUGGAUACUGUACUGUUUAAACAAUUACUGUAGGACAGGGAGAUGCUUAGGACAUGUUUAUAUUGUAUAUCUGCCAGCAAAAUUGGACAUGGAGGGAGUAGUGAUUUGAUCUGAAGUUUAAAUUUAAAAAAGUGUUCUUCAGUGGGCUGUGGUGAGGGCAGUGCCUGAAUCUGUUUUGUCCUGUCUCAUAUCCACCCGUGCAAGAACAGUUGUCAACCUGUGUAUCUGCAUUGUUUUUUUGUUCUAUUUUAUUUUUGUUUUUUAAGGCUAAGAAAUUAAUUUGCCCUUUCUUGUGUUGUUAAAAAUAUAAAAAGUCAUAAGAAAUAGGCACACAAAACGGGACUGAAAUGUACGAUAUUCAAGUGUUGCUUGUACUUUUAAUUUUGUAUAUUCAUUAUAAUAAAU